UCUAUUUUUGGCAUAUGCUUUAAUUCUUAGCGACGAGGCGAGGAAGAAGGUGAAGUGAGGCCACUACUACUGCCAUGGGAUGCGCGCAGUCUCGGAUCGAGAACGAGGAGGCCGUGGUGCGAUGCAACGAGCGCCGGCAAUGGAUGAAGUCGGCGGUGUCCGCACGAAACGCCUUCGCUGCCGCCCAUUCCGCUUACGCCGUCGAGCUUAAGAACACCGGCGCAGCCCUCGCAGAGUUCGGACAGGGAGAACCCUACGACCCUAACCUACCUUCUUCCUAUUCAUCCUCCGUUGGCGUGGAAUCUUCCGCCUACGUCGCGCCGAUCCAGCCACCCAGCGAUGCCGACUUACUGCCUCCCCCACGGCCUUCAGAAUUUUCCGCAGCAUCCCUCCAGCGCUCCAUAAGCAUGCCCGACCUUCCUAAUAAGUUCCCUUCCAAGAUCAAGCCGGAAACCACCAUCAGCGAGGACGACGACGAGGGGGAAGAGGAGGCCGACGAUGAGGAGGAGGAGGACGAAGAAGAAGAGCGUGGUACUCGACUCAAACGGCGUCAUCGAGCCACCAGAGCUGAUGCUCCAUAUGAGAAGAUUAACACACCAGUUCCACCGCCGCCCACUGUGGAUCACCAUGAUGAUGAUGCUGUGACGUCGGAGAAGGUUGUCAUCGAGCCUCCGCUGCCACCAAAGGUUCCAAAAAAGCUGAAGCAGGGCAGAAACGUGCACCAUCAGCAGGCUCAAUCUGCAUCAACGCUGGAUGCCAAGAGGGGGAAGAUAGUACCGGCAACUCGCCCAAGCGUUAAUCUCUCGAAGAUUCUUAUGGAUCUCGAUGACCAUUUUCUGAAGGCGUCAGAGAGUACACUCGAUGUGUUAAAGAUGCUCGAGGCGACAAGAAUGCAUUACCACUCUAAUUUUGCAGACAGCAGAGGUCACAUUGAUCAUGCUGCCAGGAUCAUGCGUGUUAUUACAUGGAAUAGAUCCUUUAAAGGUCUUUCUUGGACAGAAAGAAAUAAGGAUGAUGAUGAUGAUGAUGAUGAUGAUGAAUUGGAGACUCAUGCAACUGUGUUGGAUAAGAUUCUGGCAUGGGAGAAAAAGUUGUAUGAUGAAGUUAAGGCAGGUGAGCUUAUGAAAAUUGAAUAUCAGAGAAAGGCUGUUUUGCUUGAUCGGCAAAAGAAACAUGGUGCCAGGACAGAAACACUGGAAAGAACUAAAGCAGCAGUUAGCCAUUUACAAACUAAACUCAUAGUUGACUUGCAGUCGGUGGAUUCAACUGUGUCAGAAAUCGAGCGUAUACGUAAUAAACAACUUUACCCAAAACUUGUGGACCUUGUUGAUGGGAUGGCCAAGAUGUGGCAGGCCAUGCUGAUGCAUCACAGUACCCAGAUGAAGAUAGUUAUGGACCUUAAAGCCCUUGACGUUUCAAAUGCUCCCAAGGAGUCAAGUGAAGAACAAUAUAGUCGCACAUUGCAGCUUCACCAGAUCGUCAAAGAGUGGCAUAGUCACUUCCGUAAACUUGUUACUCAUCAGAAAGAGUAUGUGACUGCUCUUAAUAGUUGGUUGAAGUUGAGCAUCAUCCCAAUUGAAACUGGCUUGAAAGACAAAGAGUCAUCUCCACAGAAACCACCGAUUCAGCCUUUCCUGCAUGACUGGCAUGAUCAUCUGGAGAAAAUCCCGCUUGAGCUCGCCGCCAAUGCUAUCCAAGGCUUUUCAGCUGUCAUAAGCACAAUCCUGACCCUUCAGGAUGAGGAGAUCAAGCAGAAAGAAAAAUGCGAGGAGGUGCACAGGGAGUAUUUGAGGAAAAAUCGAGUUUUUGAAGAGUGGUACCAGAGGUAUGCACAUAAGAUGAGGGUAUCAACAGUGGGUGCACCCGAGAGUGCGACAGGGGCAACCAAGAUGGACCAGGUGGAGGAGAGGAGAUCAGCUGUUCAGUCUCUCAAAACUACACUUGACGGAGAAGUUGAAGCCCACCGGAAGCUGUUGAAGGAGGUGAGGGAGAAGUCUGUUCCUGAGCUAUUCAGAGCUUUGUUGGAGUUUGCUGAUUUCUGUACCAGGAUGUAUACUAGUUUGAAGUUGAUCGCGGAUCAAACUCAAAGACAGGCUAACUCACCGGCUUCAUAACGUACACAAAUCCUGUUUUAUGGGUUUUUUUUUUCUAAGUAUAUUCUGUUGGUUAUUUGAUUGGGGUGCUCAUAUUGGAUUGAGUGGUAAUUGUAAUUAAUUCUGUUUAUGAUUGAUUUUUUAAACCGAUUUGAGUGAGUGCAAUUAGCUCAUUAAGAAAAUAA